UUCUCACCUUGUUGAGAUGCAGAGAAAGAGGACGAGAGGAUCCCAUCAGUGCCUGGGAACCUGAGGGAUCCUGGAGAGACAGAGAGAGAGAGGACAGGGAGAACCAUCAGGGUGAUAAUGCUGUGAGGAGAACUGCUCAGGGACAGCUUAUUCAGGUUGAUUUCCCCUCAUCUGCAAACUAAAGGUGUCCUGGUGGGAUCUUUUCUGGUGUGAGGGGACUCUGCAGCACCAUGGGGGCCUACAGUGACAAGACGUCUCUCCUCUCAGGGCUGCUGGUGUUCUUGCUGUGUGUCGUCUCCUCGUUCUGCCAGGAGGAAAUUUCUGGAUACCACUCAGGUGAGGAACACACCUAUGAAGGAUCCUUGGACCAAAUCGACAACUUAGCCUCUCCUCAGCCAGAGUAUCCACCUGAACCAACUCACAGCUAUGAUGACGGCCAGAGACCAGAGGAGGGUGACUAUGACCUCUACGGCCCCGCCCCCACCCAGGUCACCAUGAUCACUGAAGAUGCCUUCCCCUACGCCACCACCACCGAGUCCCACUAUGCCAAGGAGGACACCGAGACAAUGCAGGUCCCGUACACAGACACAGACUCCUCUGAGGAGUCCGGGCUGGAUGAAGGACUAGAGGAAGAAGGACCGACGGAUUGUAACUGUGAGCCUGGGGAGCCUGGAUUUGCUGGCUUUGCAGGACCAAAGGGAUUCAGAGGUCUACAGGGAAAAACUGGAGAACCAGGAGCUCAAGGCAGAGAAGGUUAUAAAGGAACUAAAGGGGUCAGAGGACGAGGAGGAGACACUGGACCUGUGGGCGACCCUGGGCUUGAGGGAGACGAUGGAGAGUCUGGGUUCUCCGGAGCGAUGGGAGAACCAGGACUUCCAGGAGACCCAGGAGAGGCUGGAAUACUUGGUCUAAAGGGUGACAUCGGUAUGGACGGACCUCGAGGAGGAGUGGGGGCUCCUGGAGGGACUGGCUCUCGUGGUGAUGCUGGACCUACUGGACCAAAGGGAGGGAAAGGCAUCAAGGGGUCUGAUGGGGCCGAAGGAAAAUUGGGUCCUCAGGGUCCAGAUGGAUCGAAGGGUCAAAUUGGAGCUCCAGGGUUCAAUGGUGACGUCGGCGACAGAGGAUCCACUGGUUACCCUGGACAGCCCGGACCCUUCGGACCAACUGGAGAAAAGGGGACUCCAGGUCAGGACGGCGUGCCUGGCAGUGACGGUGACCCCGGUGAAGAUGGUCCUAUCGGAGUCCCGGGUUUGAUGGGAGAGCCAGGACAGUUUGGUGCCAAGGGCAGCAAAGGUGAUCGAGGUGUGAGAGGACGCAGAGGCAGAGUGGGUGCAGUGGGACCUGCAGGAGAACAAGGAGAUGCUGGCAUUCCAGGAAAACCAGGACCAAAGGGUCUACAGGGUUCCACUGGAGCCAAAGGUGAAACUGGACCUGAUGGUGAGAAGGGUUCUCAAGGAAGGAAAGGGGUUAAAGGUGCAAAAGGUCAAAAGGGAAGCAAAGGAGACCGUGGAGACAAAGGACAGCGUGGACCCAAAGGUGCAGUUGGUCGUCCUGGCGUCCCAGGCCCAGUGGGACCACCUGGCAUCCCAGGGUCCAGAGGAGAGCGGGGCCCCAUCGGUGACCCAGGAGUUAAAGGGCGAGCAGGAUCCAAAGGUGUUCAAGGUCCCAUUGGUCCAGGUCUAACUGACGAGCAGGUCCUGCAGCUAUGUAAAGGCGUAGUCACGGCCCAGAUCUCACAGUACGCUGCCUCCAUCAGGGCCAAGUGUUCCCAGGGCUGCCCCAUCAACAACCGCACACUCAUCGGGCCCCCAGGAGCCCGAGGGCCGAUGGGAUCAACAGGAAAACCUGGUAAAGCUGGAAAAGCCGGAGCAAAAGGAGCUCGAGGACCACAAGGUGACAGAGGACUGGAGGGACAGAAAGGAGCAGAAGGGAAGAGAGGUCAGAAAGGAUCUCAGGGUCUUGCAGGUGCUCCAGGUAAAGGUCUGCCAGGACCUGAUGGAUCUCAAGGCCUCAGAGGUUUGCCAGGUCAUCCAGCAGAACCGAAAAACGGCAUGGAAGGUCCUCGAGGCCCCCGCGGGUUCCCCGGUCCCGUUGGUCAGACGGGCAUUCUCGGCAUCGCUGGUGUGCCGGGAUUUUGUGAGGCUCGGGAUUGCAGCAUUCACGCCCCGGUGAUGCGUAAAGAGCAAGGUCUGGUGAAAGGACCGGUCAGUUCAAAGAUCUGAACUUCACCAUGAAAAAAAGAUGGACUUAUGUGGGAUUAAUGAGGGUCUAAGAGUCUCCACGUGAAAACCUCAAGGCCUUCUACUAUAGCUCCAGCUGACACAAGAACUGGGUCAAACAGGAAAGAAAUUUACAUUUUCGGGAUUAGUUUGUAUGACGUCUGGAUUCACUCUUUUACUGAAGUUAGGAAAAGCAGUGGGCCGAGUAGGCUGCCAUGUUGAGCUCCGCUGAAGAAAAGUAAUGGAAAAAGUGUUUAGGAAUAAAAACAGAAAAGACUUUUUAUGCUCAAACUGGACAAACCUUUAGUAAAUGUUUAAAAUUUGGAGGUUUUUCCCUUUAAAACGCUUUGACUAUUUCUGAUCAUGAACUUGUUCAUCUUGAGUGGUGCUUCUCCAUAAAAACAAAGACUAGGUGCCCUGAAAUGUCCCUCCAUUCCAGUUUUUUAUGUUCUUCUGUUGAUUCACAUUAAAAAUAUGAUCUGUAAAUAUUUUGUAAAGUAACUCAAACACAUGUACUGUUCUCUAAAAUUAUGUUUCAGAUAAAUCGACUUUUUUUAA